AUGGCGGAGCUUCCGAAGAUCAGAAUUAAGACGCAUUUGCCCACCCGGCCGUUCCCACCCAAUGCGGAGAGGAAACCCAUUCGCACGGAGCGUCUCCUUAUACGUCCGUUUACUGAGGACGACCUCAAGGGGAUCUAUGCCUUACGUACUCAACCGGAAGUUAUGUAUUUCACGGCGGUUGGUCGAAUUGAUCCUAGUAAGGAUGAGACACGGACAUCGUAUUUAGCCCGCUAUCUACCGCCUAAUGAUAUCCGAACCUACCACAACGUACUUUGCCUCGCAUCAACCGGCGAAAUAAUCGGGACGGGUGGGAUGCCGAAAGUUGAUCUAGUCUUCGGAUGGCCCGAGAUUGCUUACAUGCUGAAGAGGGAAUAUUGGGGACAGGGAUACGCUACCGAGUUCCUGAAGGCAUUCACCGAGCAUUGGUGGACUUUACCGCGUUCAGAAGUUGAGGUUGAGGUUGCUGCAGAAUCGGUGCAGGUGAAUGGGUCCGAAGAGGUGCCGGAAAUGUUGUCAGCUAUGGCUGAUGACAAAAACCCAGGUAGUAAGCGCGUCCUGGAGAAAGCUGGAUUUAAAGAAUUUACAAGGUGGAUUGAGCCUGAUACACGGGAGGGAGUUACAGAUGGUAUUACUCUUGUUGGUUUCGUUCUUAAGUCGCCCGGCCGAAAAGACUAA